GGGGCACAAGGGACUGAUCAGUGGGCGGGACCUGGCGUCCUCGCCCUGGAGCUGCACCAGUCUCUGGCUUUUUUGCUGCAAGGCACCCAGACACCAUGGGAAAGCUAGUGGCGCUGACCGUGCUGGGGGCCAGUUUGGCCUUAAUAGGGGAAAGGCUUCUGAAUUUUAGAGAACGAGUUAGUACAUCUCGAGAAAUAAAGUCCACAGAGCCACAGAACUGCCACCUGAUUGAGGGACUCGAGACUGGCUCUGAAGAUAUUGAUAUACUUCCUAGCGGGCUGGCUUUUAUCUCCACCGGAUUAAAAUAUCCAGGUAUGCCAAACUUUGCACCAGACAAACCAGGAAGAAUCUUCCUGAUGGAUCUGAAUGAGCAAAAGCCAAAGGCACAAGCACUGGAAAUCAGUAAUGGGUUUGACCAGGAGUCACUAAAUCCCCAUGGGAUCAGCACUUUCAUCGACAAAGACAACACUGUGUACCUGUAUGUUGUGAAUCACCCCAACAUGGACUCCACGGUGGAGAUAUUUAAGUUUGAAGAACAACAACGCUCUCUCAUCCACCUGAAAACCAUAAACCAUGAGCUUCUCAAGAGUGUGAAUGACAUUGUGGUUCUUGGGCCAGAGCAGUUCUAUGCCACAAGAGACCACUACUUUACCAGUUAUUUCUUGGUACUUUUGGAGAUGAUCUUGGACCCUCACUGGACUUCAGUUCUUUUCUACAGCCCAAAAGAGGUCAACGUCGUGGCCCAAGGAUUUAGUUCUGCCAAUGGAAUCACAGUCUCACUAGACAAGAAAUAUGUCUAUGUAGCUGAUGUAACAGCUAAGAACAUCCAUGUAAUGAAAAAACAUGAUAAUUGGAAUUUAACUCCAGUGAAGGUAAUUCAGCUGGGCACCUUAGUGGAUAACUUGUCUGUUGAUCCAGCCACGGGAGAUAUUUUGGCAGGAUGCCAUCCUAACCCCAUGAAGCUUUUGAGCUAUGACCCUGAGGAUCCUCCGGGAUCAGAAGUACUACGCAUCCAGGAUUCUUUGUCAGAUAACCCCAGGGUGAGCACGCUGUAUAUGAACAACGGCUCCGUGCUUCAGGGCAGCACCGUGGCUUCUGUGUAUCAAAAGAAAAUGCUCAUAGGCACUAUAUUUCACAAAGCUCUGUACUGUGAACUCUAGAUCUUUCUAAAAACAUCUUUAUAUUUGACAAAAGUAAAAUUGUCAUUUGUAUGCUACGUGGAACUGUAAUUAUUUACAGUUACCGGUGACAAUGUGUAUGGCUUUUCUUAUGGAGAAAAGUAGAGGAGUAGAGAAACUUACAGCCAUGAAAUCAAGAAUCAAGUUAGUGAGUAGCAAGGGAACUGGAAACCCAUGUGUUCUGCUCUGUUGAAUAUGCCCAGCAUUCUCUAUAUGCUGUGAUGUAUAGGCCGUUACAAUUUAUGUUUCCCGUUCUCUUAAAUCUGUGCCUCUUGUUAACUGUUCAUCCAAAUCACCUCCUGCAACUGUGAUAGUCUUAAGCUUCUGCAGUCCAUACUACUAAAGAAGCUAAUGGCUAACUAUGACCCUCAUUCUCUGUUCUGUCUUGCAUAUGACACUAUCUUCCAAUCACAUAUCCUAACCUAUCACUCUUAUCUUUAAACUCCAAAGCCUUUCAUGAACAUGGAUUUGUCACACAGGGAACAAGAUUCUGGAAAUGUGACAUACACAAACCUCAUCAGCUAGCUUGGUGCAUGAUAUGCUGUUGUAUGUCUUGAAAUAAGGCUUUUUAUACUGAUACUUCCAUUGCAAGUGUCUCCAAUCGUGGCUCUGAAUGUUUGAUCGGACCCUAGGACUGUUACCUUCAGCCAUGUUCAACUUCUCUACUAGUUAAUAAACAUUUAGUAAACAGCUUCCAGCUGACUGGCACCAAUGAAUCCAAAAUGAAAAAAAAAAUUAUGCACAAAUGGCAUGUACUAAUGGACAAAUCUAAAUUUAAUUUGAUGAGAAUAAAUAAAGGCAUUCCUUUCUUGGUUAAAACAACAAACAAACAAAUAAGUAAACAAAUAAUAAUAAAUGAUUUGUGGUUGAUUACCACCAACGUUUCAAUAGGGAACCUGGGGACCAAGGUCUCAGCACAAAGAGAUUUAUUUGCCCCAGAGGGAUGGAUAAGGGACAAACGCUGGAGAUGGAAGAAAAGGAAGAAGAAACCAGGAACAAUGGAGAGGAGAAGAAACAAGGGAGAAGGGGGAAGGAGUAUUGGUCCCAAGGGAGCUGUCUCUGAAUAGAGAGGAUGAACCUACUUGUUAAGAUGAGGUGUUUAUUUAUUUUACUAUUUUUUAUUUAUUAUGGGGGGUGAUGCAGAAUUUCUCUGUGUAACAGUCCUGACUAUCCUUGAACUUGUGUUGUAGACCAGGCUAUCCUCAAACUCACAGAGAUCCAACUAACUCUGCUUCCUGAGUGCUGGAAUUGAUGAUGUACACCACCACACAAGGUGAUUCAUUUUAAUUGGGUACGCUAAUUAGGUGAGCCAAAAGGGGUUUCUGAUUGUUAGACUUCAAUAGGUGGACCUUGGCAGUCAGCCGUGGGAGGAAAAGUGGGCCAAAUGAGCGAGUAGAUCUUGGAGGCUGGCUUUAGGAACGUGAUCUAAUGAUUUUAGCAAGGCAGAGGAAAUAGGAGAGAAGGGCCAUGCCUUUCCAGAACCUUGUUUGCCACACUAGAGCUUCGAGAGUCUUGUCAAGCCCUCCCACAAGGUGUUUCUGGUAAUGGGGAAUUAAGGAGACCUGUUGAUAUUUUAAAGAACACUGUUUAGUUAAAAGUUUGUUAAAUAGUUUGAUGCCAGGAUAAAAUGGUACUCUUUUAACCUGUGUACUCAUUUUUUUGUUCAGACAUUAAGAUUGUAUAACUUUCAUUACUUCAAGGAAGGAAUAGCCCAGCUGAGUGUGAGAGGUAGUCAUCAUACUUUAAGUUUCAAAACAUAGGUAUAUGUUGUAGAGAUUUUAGUUGUUCGACUGUUUGCCUUACAAGUGUGAGGAACUAAAUUUGAUCUCCAACAUCCACAUAAAAACUAGGUGUGUGGUUUGUGUUUGUAAUCCCAGCACUGGGGAAGUAAAGUUCUGGGACUUUCUGCCCGAAAGCUGAGUAUAUUUAGUAUACUUCAGGCUGGUGAGAAGCUGUCUCCAACAACAAACAACAACAACAACAAAAAUAAAUUAUAGAUGAUGCUCACAGAGUAGCCCCAGAAGCUGUUUUCUGGUCUUCACAUAUGUAUGUAUGCAAGCAUGCACAACUUCAUGCAUGCACAAAAUGUAGUUAUCGAGAAGACUCUGAAUAAAAAUAAUGAUUAAAAGCCAUGCACACUUAUAACUCAGUCCAUUAUGAUAACUCUUUUUUGAUCUCUAGCCAUCAUAGCUUCUGGAUUACUUAACAUUUGUCUAUUAAGGCUUUAACUGAACAAAAGGAGCAUAAGCCAAAUCCAAGAGGAGUUGGAUGGUGAACCACAUCCUAGAAAAUCACAGAUUUCAAAGAGUUGAAUAUCCAGCUAAGGUCAAAGUCAGUGUAAAGUAGCCCCACAUUCUAUUCCCACAAGCCUAAAAGGACAGCUGAGCAAAAUGGAAGGAGAGAUGGUGCUGGUAUGCCCACCAUCAUUCAGAGUCGGAGCUCAGAUUGCCAUCGAAUGGUCAAAACUGAUCUGAAACCACCUAGAAAUUGAGACUAGGGCUGGAGAGAUGGCUCAGUGGUUAAGAGCACUGACUGCUCUUCCAGAGGUCCUGAGUUCAAUUCCCACAACCACAUGGUGGAUCACAACCAUCUGUAAUGAUGUCAGAUUCACUCUUCUAGUGUGUCUGAAGAAAACUACAGUGUACUCAUAUAAAUAAAAAUAAACAAAUCUUAAAAAAAAAAGAAAUUGAGACUAGAUUGGUGGUUACCAGAGACCAAGAGAGUAGGGGUUUUCUGGGAAUGGAGGAGUGAUUCUGAGGGGUUAAUCAUUGAGCUCUAAGUUACAGUUAGAUGGAAUGAAGGAGAUAAAGAGUAUUGUUGUCCAAGGCGAUUACUCUAGAUAACAGAAAUGCUCUCAAUAUUUCAAAACUCUAGGAGAAAGAAUCGUGGAUGUUUUCACCACCUAGAAUGACAGAUGUUUGAGGAGAUAGAUAUUUUUACCCUGACUUAAAUAUUACACAAAGUAUAAUGCUUCAAACAUCACAGCAAUGGAAGAUAUCAAGUUAUGAGCUUACUUAUGCCAAGAAGAUAUCAAGUUAUGAACUUACUUAUGCCAUGUUAGUAAACUAACACCUCCCUGGCAGAAACAAAUACAGGUUCUUUUGUGACUUUAUACUAUGUGUUCCCAAGGAAAAUGAAUGGGCAUUCAUGAAAAACGAAGGGAAAGGUUACAUAAAUAAGAACAACAAGAACAGUGGAAACAAAUUAGAGCAUAAAUAGGUUUACAAAAAGUACAUAUGUAUGAGGAUAAUAGCAUAGGGUUGACAAGCACACUUAGUGUCAAAGAAAUAAAACACAAGCUUAAGUGCAGAGAAUGGUAUACUCUAAGAACCUAGUGAACCUAAUACCAAAUGGACCUGGAAAAUCCACACCUGGACUGAACAAAAUACAACUGAAGGAAUUUAGAUUUUAACAUCAAUAAUUAAAGAAAAACAACUUAGAGUAUAGGAGUUUGAAAAUUGUGCAAAUGUGUAUUCACAAAGACUUGCAGUGUGAGUCUUUCAUGCAUUUUUCCACUAUUAUUUUCUUUCAAAACACCCAAGAGGUCUUUCUCUACUGAACAGUCUGGUAAGCGUGACUUCUAAGACAUUGAAGACCCAAGAAAUUUGUCCUUGGAUAGUCAUUCCACAUCCAUCUUUGAAUCUACUGAAGGCAAAUAAUUUGCUGCUUGCUGAGGUUAUGUAGGCUGCAAAAAAUACAAGGUCAAAACCUACUGACAUAAGACAAUGGAUGACUGAGUGAGUCACGUGGAGCAUAAUCUAGACUUUUUUUUAAGAAACAUGUUGUGAUGGUUUAUAUAUGCUCGGCCCAGGGAAUGACACUAUUUAGAAGGUGUGGCCAUGUUGGAGUAGGUGUGGCCUUGUUUGAGUAGGUAUGUCACUGUGAAUGUGUGCUUUAAGACCCUCAUCCUAGCUGGAAACCAGUAUUCUGCUAGCAGCGCUCAGAUGAAGAUGUAGAACUCUCAGCUCCUACUGCAUCAUGCCUGCCUGGAUGCUGCCAUACUCCCACCUUGAUGGUAAUGGAUUGAACCUUUGGACUUGUAAGCCAGCCCCAAUUAAACGUUGUAAUUAUAAGAGGUGUAUUGGUCAUGGUAUCUGUUCACAGCAGUAACAUUCUAACUAAGACACAUGUGGUUGAGUCAGGUAGUAAGACUGAUAAAACAAAACAAAAAGCAACAACAAUAACAAAAAACAACAGGAAAGGAAGG